CUUUCCGAGGUAGUGCGCUCCGGGCGGGGCCGCGCCGUCAGGUUGCGACCCGGUACACUGUCCGGAGAACAGCCACACCGCGAGCUGAGAUGCCGCCGCUGCCGCCCGUGCUUCGCCGCGCCCUGCUGGCCCGCCCCUGGAGUGGGGCCAGGCUUCGGUGGAAACACGCCUCCUCCCUGAAGGUGGCCAACGAGCCCAUCUUGGCGUUCACCAAAGGCAGCCCCGAGCGAGAUGCACUGCAGAAGGCCUUGAAGGACCUGAAGGGCCAGACCGAAGCUAUCCCGUGCGUGGUGGGGGAUGAGGAGGUGUGGACCUCAAACGUGCAGUACCAGGUGUCGCCCUUUAACCAUGGACACAAGGUGGCCAAGUUUUGCUAUGCAGACAAGGCCCUGCUCAACAAAGCCAUUGAGGCCGCCUUGGCCGCCAGGAAGGAGUGGGACCUGAAGCCCGUCACAGACCGGGCCCAGAUCUUCCUGAAGGCAGCAGACAUGCUGAGCGGGCCGCGCAGGGCAGAGGUCCUUGCCAAGACAAUGGUGGGACAGGGUAAGACAGUGAUCCAAGCGGAGAUCGACGCGGCAGCCGAGCUGAUCGACUUCUUCCGAUUCAACGCCAAGUUUGCCGUGGAGCUGGAGGGGGAGCAGCCCAUCAGCGUGCCGCCCAGCACCAACAGCGUGGUGUACCGGGGGCUGGAGGGCUUUGUGGCAGCCAUCUCCCCUUUUAACUUCACUGCGAUUGGCGGCAACCUGGCGGGGGCGCCGGCCUUGAUGGGCAAUGUGGUCCUUUGGAAGCCCAGCGACACGGCCAUGCUGGCCAGCUACGCCGUCUACCGCAUCCUCCGCGAGGCUGGCCUGCCCCCCAACAUCAUCCAGUUUGUGCCAGCUGACGGGCCCACAUUUGGGGACACGAUUACCAGCUCAGAGCACCUGUGCGGCAUCAACUUCACAGGCAGCGUGCCCACCUUUAAAAACCUGUGGAAGCAGGUAGCCCAGAACCUGGAUCGCUAUCGCACCUUCCCACGCCUGGCCGGAGAGUGCGGUGGGAAGAACUUCCACUUUGUGCACCGCUCAGCGGACGUGGACAGCGUGGUGAGCGGGACCCUGCGCUCAGCCUUCGAGUACAGUGGCCAGAAGUGCUCAGCCUGCUCCCGCCUCUACGUGCCUCACUCGCUGUGGCCUCAGAUCAAAAAGCGGCUGCUGGAGGAGCACAGCAGAAUCAAAGUGGGCGACCCUGCAGAAGACUUCGGGGCUUUCUUCUCUGCAGUGAUUGAUGCCAAGUCCUUUGGUCGCAUCAAGAAGUGGCUGGAUCACGCCCGCUCCUCGCCCAGCCUCACUGUCCUGGCGGGCGGCAAGUGUGACGACUCUGUGGGCUACUUCGUGGAGCCCUGCAUUGUGGAGAGCAAGGACCCUCAGGAGCCCAUCAUGAAGGAGGAGAUCUUCGGGCCUGUGCUGACCGUGUACGUCUACCCAGACGACAAGUACAGGGAGACGCUGCGGCUGGUGGACAGCACUACCAGCUACGGCCUCACGGGGGCAGUGUUCGCCCAGGAUAAGGACGUUGUCCGGGAGGCCACCGAGAUGCUGAGGAACGCUGCCGGCAACUUCUACAUCAACGACAAGUCCACUGGCUCGGUGGUGGGCCAGCAGCCCUUUGGGGGAGCCCGAGCCUCUGGAACCAAUGACAAGCCCGGGGGGCCCCACUACAUCCUGCGGUGGACGUCGCCCCAGGUCAUCAAGGAGACCCACAAACCUCUGGGGGACUGGCGCUACUCGUACAUGCAGUGAGCCCCUCGGCGCCUCCGCCGUUCACCUGUUUGUCCGUCCAGGUGACUGACCUCGGUGCACUGGGCCUACCCAGCCCCUCCACCCUGCUCCCUGGAGGGCAGCCCCUUUUCUAGAGCCAAGGGCUGGCCCCGAGCCCCCCACUGGCCCGUAUCCUGGCCUGUCUCACAUCUCGGGGUCAGGUGCCCAGCCCUGGUUUGAUCCUGCUGGGAAGGGACAGGCGUGCUGCCCCUCAUCCCAUCGGCCGUCCUAGGAAUUACCUCUCAGAGGGUGACCUUGGCCGGCUGGCUCGCCAUCUUUUCUCCUCUUGCUUCUGCACGGUGGCCCAGUGGUGUCGCAGGGGUGGGGAACGUUUGGCCCGAGGGCCAUGUAAGGCCCACAGAAUCGUUUGGUCUGGCCCUGCCAAGGCAUUAGGGGUGAGUUAAUUAAAUGUUUGACCGAAUAGAGCAGGCUGAUUUUUAAGUUGAUAAUGUUGUCUGGCCUGAGAAUGAUGUUAUAAAUAUCCAAAUGGCCCUUGGCAGAAAAAAGGUUCCCCACCCCUGGUUUAGGGACUUGGGGGAUGACAGUGGGGCAGCUCCCGAUCCCUUGGGAGAAAGGAGGCGCUCUGGGCCCCUUGGCACCCUCAUUACCCACAGGGCUCCUGGCCUUGGCCCUGGCGUCUCCAGGGCUGCAGGAGUGGGUGUGACCAGGGCAGUCUGCAGGGUGCCCGGGCACUAGCUGACGUUGCCCUCCUUGGUCUGGGUCAUCCUCCUUUCACACUAGCUCUUUGCCCAGCCACACGAGCCAGUGGGUCCCUGUGCCUGACCUUAAGCCUUAGAUGCCCAUGUGCCUUUCUCCAGGGCUCCUGCCUGCCCAUGUGAUUCCUGACCGUCUCCAUGUGGUGAGGCUGGGGGGCCGCUGGAGGCCACCUGCCAAGAUGUGGGACAUGCUGGUCCUUCCUGUUGGGGCUGGGAUUUUGGAAACUGUGGAUGGGCCCAGCCUCCAGGACGGCCACCCUCAGCUGCGUUGGCCUGGUUUCCCUGCGGGAGCUCAGUUCCCACUGGCUGCGGUAGCACAGGCCCAGGUAGAUGUUGCUCCCACUCUCCCAUCCCCCUGAGACCUACCCUAGGUCCUCGUCCUGCCAGGACCUGGGAUUGCCCGUAGAAUCUUCUUCCUUUGCAUGCGAGUGGCUUUGCGUGGACUGGCCUUGGGGGUCCUGUUCUUCGUUUGAUGCAGCCAGUUGGUGGACUCUUACAACUAGGUUGGGUUCUGAGUGGGCAGGGAUCUGUAAGGGGUGACUUUGGAGAGCAGUUUUUAUGGAGCCGUAAAAGUGCUGGGCCCUCCUCAAGGACAGCUGUCAGGGGCUCCCCAUAGGGUAGGGUGGCCAUUGCCCAAGUGCCAUGACCUCACACUGGGCCAGAGGUCAGGGGUGAGUGCCGAUGCCGCCUGGCAGGGUGCGGGUUCUGCACCAUUUCCCACAAGGCACCAGGUCAGGAGGCUGGGUGGGUGGGGUGGAGAUGUUCCUGGUUCUGCUGGCUCUACACUGUGAGGUGCCAUGGGACUCGCCCUGACGUCACCCAAUAAAAUACCUGUGACUUAACCAAAUCGGUCUUUCUCGUGGGGGUGGGGGACAGCUUCUAAGUCUGAUGGCAUUGCCAGCGUGUCAUUGGGUGUGAGGAGUGCAGUGCCCUCGGUGCUAUGGAAGGAAGGGCAGGCACUGAUGUAUGGGAAUACCUGCUGCGGUGGUGGGACCUCUGGAGCCAGAUGGGCUGGGUUCAAAUCCCAGCUCCAAAAAGCUGUGCAACCUCUCUGGCCUUCUAUCUCUCCAUCUGUAAGAUGGGAAAAGUAAUAUAUGUGAUAUGUAUGCCCACACAGGUUGUCAUGAGAAUUAAAUGAGUUAAUCAACGUAAGUGUUUAGAACAACGCCAGACACAGAAUUCAUGGUUCGCCAAUGUUGCCCAUUUACCCAUUGUGUAACAGCCACUGCUAUGUGCUGUGAUAAGUUUACAUGCCUGGAUAUUUUAGCUAAAUGUUAUUCUAGAUGUUUCUGUGAAGGUGUUCUUGGAUGAGAUUAACAUUUAAAUCAGUGGGCUUUGAGAAAGCAGAUUACCCUCCAUAAUGUGGGUGGGCCUCAUCCAAUCAGUUGAAGGCCUUAACAGAAAAAGACCGACCUUCCCGAACAAGAAGGAAUUCUGCCAGGAGACUGCCUGUGGACUCAGCCGCUGCUCCUCCCGGGCCUCCGGGCUGCCAGCCUACUGGCAGAAUUUGGAUUUCCUGACCCCACAGUCUUGUGAGCCAUUUCCUUACAUUAAACCUGUCUCUCUGUGC